AUUUUGCAUCAGUUUGCCAAACAUGUCCAGCCUUUCGUUUUCUGAUGAAAUAAUGGGAAGUCACCCAUCAAUUAACAAAACAAACAAUAAAUUCAAGGGGUGCUCCAAUUUCACCUAUUCUUUAUCACACCACACAACUUGCCAAGGUGAUUGUAACCAAUAAACAAAACCUCACCAGUCAACAAAUGCCGUACACACUUAGCAAGCAGAUUACUUAACUUGAUAUGGUUUGUGAAUCUGUCUUGGAUCUUCCAUCAAGUUUAAUUUAGGGAAAACAUUUUAUAAUUUUGAGAUGGAAGGGUUGGGGGAGUUCAUUUGUGAGAGCUGUAACAUGGCAUUUCAUUCUGUUGGACUCCUUAAUAAACACAAGGUUAAAUUCUGCAUUGGCACAGACUUAAAAGACCCAGUAGGUUUAUUGAGAGGACGGGUUGGACGCACAAAAACGGUAAAGUCGUCCGGGAAGACGAUGCAUCCUACCAGGGCAAGGACACCUGAUGUAAUAAUUCUGAAGGAACAAAGUCACCCAGCGGAUCAUAGAGGGAGUCAACCAGAUAAACCACAGGACAGCUUGUCAAAGGACAACGCUUUAGGCAAACUCACAGAAGAGUUUCAAAAACUCAGGAUGUCAAUUGAAGAAAGCCUUCCUAGAAAACAAACAGAGGUCAGUUUCACUUCAUUCAACAUAUACUCACAGAUCUUACUUCAGCAGAAUGCAGAUGAGCAAAGGGCUCUUCAGUUGUCUAAGCUUCAUGAGAAGAGACUGGUAGAGAUCAGGGCACAUAACCACCAGCUAGAGAAAGAAAGACAGGAGAUCGAGCAGCGGCUUGUAGAGCUGGCAGGACGGGACAGGACAUUUCAUCUGGAGGACGCACUGCAUGAGCUAAGAUAUCAAGAACAGAGGAAUGAGGAGGUGCUACAUCAGCUCAGCUCUCAUAUUCACUCAAUAACGGCGCCUAAUCCAAAUGAGGUCCCUUCAAAUCUACCACUAGUGGACACGAAGACGCAACAUAUCAACUUUAACCUGAUCUCUUCUGUGGAUGGUCCCCUGUCUGCCCAAAUAAGAGCUUUGCGUCUUGGAUACAUGCAGUCUGGUGGAUCUGAUCCAGAGGUUUUGGCCCAUAUGCAUGACCUUCAAGCUGAAGCUCUGACAUUGGAGCAGGCAAGACCUAAAGCUGAUGGCAGGACAAAAGGAAGAAGGAUGAAGUCUCCACGCAGGGUAUUUGAUCCCGAUGUUCUUGCUGUUGAGCAGGAAAACCAGAGGCUUGAGGAGGAAAUCUUCCGAAUCCAGCUGGCCAGGGAAAGGCACAAAGGUAAGCAUGGGCUCAAGGUUAUCCAGAAGGACCCCGUUCAUCACAUGGCAAGUCUCCAAGCCGAGAUCGCCUACCUAAGAGGAGAAUUAGAGAAGGAGAGAGAGAGAAGACCACCUCCUACUCCACCCCCUUCACCAAUUUUUCCCGGGUCCUCCACACACCCUGCCCUCUCACUGGUGACUGAUCCAAUGGAAACCCUUGGUCCUGCUCCUUAUGAUCCUGUGGCUGGUUUUGUCAUCUUCUAUGACCUGGUGAUUGGUAUAGAAGCUACCCUGAGAUCGGUGCGUUUGCUGGCAGGAUUAUAUUGCAAUGGACAGAAACUAGGACAGAUCACACCCAUGCCACCUGUGCAAUGCCUGCCAGAAGAGCCACUGCGGUACCCAUCCACCAAAAAUCCUGAAAAUUAUGCCAUAUUGGCUAUGAAGCAGCAUGUACCAAGAAUACAACCAUCUCCAUAUCUCUCUUUGAUCGUGGAGAUCCAGGCUUCUGGAGGUCUAGAUUUUCACAAUCAGGAAAUUGGGGGAUUUGUGCCCCAAGGGUGGGCUACGCUUGAGCUUUUUGACCAGCACAACCAGAUUCACAGUGGUCACUGGAGGCUUCCAAUUCUCUCUCUCCCAGUGCGAGGAUCUCUUAACCCAGAUCAGCUGAAUUCAGUGCCUCAGAUGGGUAACAUGCAACUUUGUGUUCGGAUAGUAAAUGCUUGUGAUGAAGAUGCACAGUCCCUGGUAAAGAUUGACCCCAAACAUAUCAGCCAAUAUAACUACCCACCAAAGGGGGUCUCAAACACAUCUACAGUCCUGGAGACCCAUGAUCUAUAUCACAACUUGCAACCCUCAUCCAAUCCAGUACCUUCAUCACUGCCACUGAUCGAUCAGGUGGACCAACAUACAUUGGAGUUCUGUUAGAGCCUGGAAUAAUAUGAUCCAGUUUUUAAAAUUGUAAAAAACAUUUAUGCUAAUUUAGUAUGGAUGUGGUUUCUGAUAGCUUUGUUCUUCGAAGUUAAUCGCUUUCCAUUUUGUGUGCUCUCCGUUUCUAUUAUUUUAAUGACUUUUAAUCUUAUU